AUGACGGCUGUGGGCAUUGAUCUAGGAACGACGUAUUCGUGCGUGGGUUUCUGGCAGCACGGUAAUGUGGAUAUAAUAGCUAACGAACAGGGCAAUCGUACCACACCAUCGUAUGUUGCCUUUACUGAUACAGAGCGCCUUAUCGGAGACGCCGCUAAAAACCAGGUAGCUCUGAAUCCAAGAAACACAAUAUUUGACGCAAAACGUUUGAUUGGACGUAAAUUUGACGAUCCAAAGAUCCAACAAGAUCUCAAACAUUGGCCUUUUAAAGUAGUUAACGAUGGAGGUAAACCAAAAAUACAAGUUGAAUACAAAGGAAAAUCUAUACGCUUUGCACCAGAAGAAAUUAGUAGUAUGGUGCUCAUUAAAAUGAAGGAAAUAGCUGAAGCUUAUUUGGGGAGGUCUGUGUCAAAAGCUGUGAUAACCGUGCCUGCCUAUUUCAAUGAUUCUCAGAGGCAAGCUACUAAAGACGCUGGAACUAUCGCUGGGCUAAACGUUCUUCGCAUUAUAAAUGAACCGACAGCAGCUGCUUUGGCUUAUGGAUUAGAUAAAGAUUUGAAAGGAGAGCGAAACGUAUUGAUAUUUGAUUUAGGAGGAGGAACAUUCGAUGUAUCAAUAUUAACUAUAGAUGAAGGGUCACUUUUUGAAGUUAAAGCUACUGCCGGUGACACACACCUAGGCGGUGAAGAUUUUGACAGUAGACUGGUUAACUUUCUUGCAGAUGAAUUCAAGCGGAAGCAUAAGAAAGAUUUAAAAUCGAAUCCUAAAUCUUUAAGACGACUUCGAACAGCAGCUGAAAGGACAAAACGAACUUUAUCAUCUAGCACGGAGGCCACCAUUGAAAUUGAUGCGCUUUUUGAGGGAAUCGAUUUCUUUUCUCGAGUUUCCAGAGCACGUUUUGAAGAAUUAAAUGCUGAUUUAUUCCGAACAACUUUGCAACCAGUGGAAAAAGCUCUUAGUGACGCUAAGUUGGAUAAAAACAGUAUACAAGACAUUGUUCUUGUUGGAGGUUCUACGCGUAUACCUAAAAUACAAAGUAUGUUGCAAAAUUUCUUCAACGGUAAGAAACUAAACUUGUCAAUCAAUCCUGAUGAGGCCGUGGCUUUUGGAGCGGCUGUACAAGCAGCAAUACUAAGUGGAGAUCGCCACAAAAAGAUAAAAGAUGUUUUAUUAGUAGACGUAGCUCCUUUGUCCUUGGGAAUUGAAACAGCCGGAGGUGUUAUGGCGACUAUUGUGGAACGCAAUGCCAAAAUACCUUGCAAACAUUCCCAGACAUUCACUACAUAUUCUGAUAAUCAGCCGGCCGUAAGCAUACAAGUUUACGAGGGUGAAAGAGCGAUGACUAAGGACAAUAACUUGCUUGGCAAUUUUGAUUUGACUGGAAUACCAUCUGCACCCCGCGGUGUUCCGCAAAUUGAUGUAUCAUUUGAUUUAGAUGCGAAUGGCAUUCUUAACGUUUCGGCGAAAGAGAAUAGCACUGGUAAAACUAAAAAUAUUAUCAUAAAGAAUGAUAAAGGUCGACUUUCUCAAGCUGAGAUCGAUAAAAUGUUAUCUGAAGCUGAGAAAUAUAAGACUGAUGAUAAUAGACAACGUGAACGAAUUGGAGCGAGAAAUAAACUGGAAACUUAUGUAUUUGCCGUGAAGCAGGCUCUUAAUGAAGCUGGGAGUUCAGUAGGAGAGAGCGAAAGAUCUAAAAUACGACGCAAAUGUGACGAGACAUUGUCCUGGUUGGAGAGAAAUUCUCUCGCUGAUAAAGGGGAAUAUGAAGACCGGCUUCGAGAGAUUACAAAAGAGUGUGCACCUUUGAUGAAGAAGCGUCGCGGAGGUAGCGCUGGCUCCAAUUCUAAAAGUUCAGAAGGUGAUGGUCCCGUCAUUGAAGAGGUGGACUAA